GGUCUGACAAGUGCUGGGAGCAGCAGCGGGGAGGGAAGGCCUUGCUGGAGCCAUCGGGAGGGGGAGUGGGGCAGGAGCAGAGGGGACCUAAAGCUCUGCUCUCAGACCUAAUUUGCUCUGCUGCUGACUUAUUUAAAUUGUUAGUUUAGCAUUUUUAUGUGAUGUUUAUAUUCUAUAUGCUGCACUCAGAUUCCUGUAAAGUUCCUAACACAUCUUUCAGACCAUCAGGGAACUUAAAUUUUCAUCUAGUGCUGAAGUUUCUUCUUUGCAGAAAUUAAAAAUGAUCUGUAGGUGCUCUGUGAAUCCUGCUUUCCUAACCAACACUUAACCUUGAAGUACCAUUGCACACUGAUUCUGCUUUGUGAAACUUGCAGUGAGGAAAUAUCAUGGAAAAGUGGGAGUGAAUUUAGACUGGUGAAAUUCCACAUUUUCCAUGAAAUUCAUUUUUGGCAAAGCAGUGUGUACUUGAAGUCAGGAAGAUCAGCAUCCAUGAAGAUUCAGCAGUUUGCUCUUAGAUGCAACUGUUGCUCUGAGGAGCAGCAGUUUGCAAGACAGAAUCUUCAGGUUAGCUGGUCAAAAAUUAAGAAUAUGAAGGUGCAGUUUUUAGUAAGCCUGGCAACCUUAUAGUUCAUUUUAACUGUAAAAAAUAGCUGUGAACCUUUUUCUUCCACUGGGUAUCAAACCAACUCAGCUUUCCCUUACUAAAAAAUAAAUAAAUCUUCCCUGUGUGUUAUAACCAGUAACCCUGCCGGUUUGAGUACUCAUCUGUUUCAAACCCUCAAACCUAUUUUUGCAAUAUUUAGGUGUUACAGAAUUCUCUCCUUUAUUCUGUGACAAAUGUUUCAUAUUGAGCCCUCUCCCACUUACAGAAAAUAGUUGACUUUUUAUUGGUCACAGAGAGAAAAACAACAAAUUGACUUUAUAUCUGGUAGUGAAGAAACUUUUCCUUGGAGGUAGGAGACCCUGUUGGUGUCCUUUAUUCAAACUGGGCAGAGGGUACUUGGGAAGCAGUCGGCUAUUCUGCAUUUCAGAUCCCACCAUGCUGGGUGAGAGGCUGGGUUAUUGUCUUUUGCUAGAAAUAUCAACCAACCAUUCUCUCAGCAUCUCACCUAGGACUCUGCUGUAUGAGUGGCCGUAUUCAGUGUGCAAAACACCAAGCAGACUGGCGCUUUGGUAAAGAUCUGAGAGGGAAUGACGGACCUGAGAAACCGUCAUGAAUGUGAGCUAGGGAACUGAGUGGUCUCCUGCUGGCAGGACUUGAGUGGAUUUGAAUGUUUUUUGUGGAAAGGCUGUUACAGCAAUUUAGGAAAUCUGAGUUUGGGUCUGUUUGCUACUGAAUCAUUGGCUCUGUCUCAGCUUUGACUAAUUUAUCAUGUCUUCUCAACAAAAAUUUUGUAGAUGUCAAAAUUCAUUUAUAUCAACUUUGUGUAGGCAAAGUGUUCUACUGUCUUGUUAUGUUAAAUAAAUGAGAGAUUUUAAUACCUUGAUGCCUUUUGGAAGACUUUGGGUCCUCCAAAAGGGGAAAGGAAACUCUUCUAAAGUUGACUCUUACCAAGUGAGAAGCACUGAUAACAUAUGUAACUUCUACAAAUGGCAAAUGGUUAAGUAUUCCCCUUCAAAUAUGGAAAUGUCACAGCUUGGAUCAUAUUUAACUCAACCUGAAGUCAUUGUAUGGGACACUUGCAUACCUAAAGAGCUGGCUGAGGAAUCUCAGAAUCAUUAAAUUGUCUUUUGAGAAACUGUGUAAGACUGAUGAGGUAUUUGAUGACUGAAUAAAAGCAAAUGUGGUACCUUGGAUAACUGAAGAAGAACAUAUGCAUUAUCUCCUUUUAAAAUGAGAAGGGAAGUAGAAACAGAAGAAUUCUUCUGUGUGUACAUAUAUAUAUAUGUAUAUAAGAUUUAGACACAUGGAUUUAAAAGUUGCCAUGCAUUACCUGUUCAUUAAUUUAUCCAUCAGCAAAUGCCAGAUAACAUAAUCCAUAAUGAGGUAGAAUUACAAUAAAUUGCCUUAAUUUCUUUGCCAUAUGUUAAGCAUGCCUACAUAUCCACAUAUGGAUCAGCUGAUGCACAAUAACUUGGUGAUGAGAAAAAUUACUCAUAUGUCUAAGCUUUUAUUACUUCUGAGUUAUUGACUGUUGUGAUCUCUAACAACUCAUUUCUGAUCUGAUUUGUCAAGAACUUUUUUUAGACAGACAUCCAUUUUCAACUUGGGAAAGAUGGAAAGAGGCAGAGUCCAGACACCUUGCUCUGUUAAACAAAACUUAAAAAACAAACAAAAAAAAUUCAUAAACAAGAUUCUAUCAGUAUAUUACAGAGUAUUUACUCAAUCAGUGCUUCUGUCUUCUCAUGUGCUUAAUGGCAUUUAUAGUCCAAAUAGAGUAAAAUUUCAUAAGGUUUUGUUUAAAAUUAAUGGAGACUUCUGGUGAAAACACUGUAAAUAUAGAGUAUUAAGAUUUAAUGUUAAAACUCCUUCUGCAUUAGUGCUAUACAGGAAUAAAGAGUGAAUGAAAAUAGUAAUCAUUGGAUGAAUUGUGUUCCUGUUCUCUUAUCAAAGACCAUAUAUUUUUCUGUAAGUGGCUGAAGGUCACUUACUUUUCUUCUAAGGAACCUUAAUUUGUCAAGAUACACACAGCAUGCAGCUUUUAACAGAUCUGGUACUUGUUAGGUAAUGAUUCACCCUCUUGGGCAAAAAAGGGCAGAAGUCACCUAGCAUUCACUGUGCACUGGUUUUGUGAAUGCUACUCAGAAGUUUUUAAAAAAAAAAAAAAAAAAAAAAAAAAGAAAGGAAAAAGAAGUGGUUUCUGUUCUAUGGUUAGAAGAUUUAGGGAGCUUUUGAAACUUUAUGAUUGGUACCACGGAAUUUCUCUAUUGCUGUUUCUGCAGUUUAAAUAUUCUUUUUACUGUGUUUUCUAGUACAAAGUUCUUUUGUUUUAAUAUUUUGAUGCCAAAUUUUGCCAUGAUGACAGCCUGGUCUUGCACAUUUAGUUACAGUAUUCUGUAAAAUCUCCUGAAGGGCAGAAAAUAAGCUUCUGGAUUCAGAGCUGCCCUGUCCUAAUUGUGAUAUUCCAGCUGGGGCUGUGAUUAUGUAUUCUUCAGAGUAUUUCUGAUUUGCCCCAAGGUAUUUGUGUCCCACAUCAUGUGUUAAACUUUUUAAGGAUGAUAAAUUUGCCAAAAAGCUAUCUCAGUAAUUGUACUGUAAAAAACCCUUCAACUUUAUUAACACAGUAUUGCAUCAGAUUGCUCUACUUCUCACAGCCUUCUAAAACUGUGUUUGGUGAAGUUUACUGUAAGCUUCCUCUGCACAGUAGUUGUUUCAGUUUAAUUUCCAGUUUAAUAAUGCAUCCUAGAAGUGCCUUAUGGAAGUCAAAGUAAAUUAUACAAGAGGUCUUCAAUGUUCUGUGAAUUUUUCUUUGUUGAAUCUAUUUCAGGUAAAUAGAAAUAUCUAUUUAAUGAGAAAUGAAUAUUUAGCUAUCAUAAAAAAAAAAAAAAAAAAACCAACAACAACAAAAAAAAACAACAACAAAAAAUAAACCCUUAUACAGGGCUUCUACUUACUUAAUUCUGUUUUGGCAUCUGAACUGAACCCGACUACUGUUUUCUGAAAGAGUCAUAAAAUUUUAAAUUUUAACAAUCCUUCAUUCCCAGACUCCCCUUGCAAAAAAAAAAAAAAACACCCAACAAAAAAAAACCCAAACAAACAAAAAAACCACCAAACACCUGAUGGUGUAUCAACCAAAAAUCACCUCUAGUUUAACUGAGUUAGAAUUGUUAACAAUAUGUUAUGCAGCUAAUAUAAAUAAGAAAUCACAUUUUAAGUGAUGAGGGAGAGGGAAGAGGAUAACUUUAUAUUGAUCUUGGUACACCUUCAAAGUGCCUGUGUGAAAAUAUGUGUAGAAACCAGUAAAUAUAAAUGGAAUCCAGCCUGAAAUAUUUAUUAAAAAAGAAAAAAAAAAUCUGUUUUGAUUCUUACUGUGAGACAUAUAGGUGGUGUAUGCCCUUCCCUACUACCAACUUUACAGAGGCUACUUACAAAGUUAGUGUUAAGAGUUUGGCUUUUGGAAAUAGGCAAUGUUUUCAGCUCUCAUGGACCAGAGUUUUGACUUUACGGGGUUUUGUUUGCCUAUCAUGCCUAUUAAAGACUGGUCUCGCAGUCUCGAGGCAUAAGCAGAGAAGAUUGCCUAGCUCACUGAGCAGCUGGAGCCAAAACCAAUAUGCUUGUUGCUACUCUCAGAAGUCACCGCCUCGACAUUUAUUAUCUCAGUGGUAGCAGGAGCAGAAAGCUGCUUCUCUGCAACUAUUUCUCUGUUCAUACCAUUCCCUGUUUGUUACUGCUUGCUCCUUACUCCUCCUUACUAAGCCUCCAGAAGCCUCUGACCAAUAAAGAUAUGUAUCCUUAAUUCUUCUUAUUUAUAUUUAACCUAUACUCUUAUUUUAAGCCAGUUGACCCUAACUUGCAAACUCUUAAGCUCAUUAGAGCCUGUAAUAUUAUGCAUGUGAGUUUCCCUGAUGAUUUCAGUGCACUGGCUAAUGCAUAGAAGUACUGCCAUGCUGAUGGGUCUAGUGAGGAUUUUUUUAGGAUUGUAGUUUUUACAAAGAACCAUGAUUAAGGUUCAUUUGAAUGUAUCUUCUACCUUAAUUAUGGUUAAGCUUAAUUUUUCUUUUACAGAGGAGUUUUCCAACUUGAAUUGAGAUUUCCAAUUUGAAAUACCAGUGCCUAAUAUCUCUGUUGAGGAGGAGGAAAAAAAAAAUAAAAAAUCAAACAAAAAAAGAUCCAUAUCCCCAAACGUCAACAAGUCUGAUUAUCCAGUGUUCACGUUUAGAUACUUCUCCAUGAUUUGUUUCUGGCUGUACAGCCAGUUGUUGUAUAUAAACAGGAGGCCAUGCAUGCUGCAAGGCAUGCAUAUGAGAUUAAUAAAAUGUUAUGUUACUCCAGCAAGUGUGCAGGCUUCGUUCCUAAAAUGGCUGACGUCACCGGGAGCACGGAGCCCUCCCACUCCUCCUUGGUAAUUGAUGGUGACGGGUUCUCUGCUUAGCUGUAUCCUAACAUAGGGACUGAAUUAGAUCAACAGCUGAGAGGAAUCGCCAGCAAACAGUGUCACUCCAUAUAGACAAAAGCUGGACACUUUAAACCAGGCCUUAGAUGGACAAGGAACUCAAAUAAUGGUUAAUGCAGGGUGAUUUGCUGAAGUUUUCACUGGUGCACCGCUUCGUGUCGGAGGUUUUGCUCCUGUAAGAAGGACUGCUGCUGCUGGAAGGGCUGGCCCGCUUGGUGCAAGGCUGACAUGCUUGACAGAUGCCUGAUGUCUCCUCAAACUAAGCACAUUACUCCUGGGGGUUCGGCGGACUCCUACACCAGCCGUCCAUCUGAUUCAGAUGUAUCUUUGGAAGAAGACAGGGAAGCAGUGCGGAGAGAGGCAGAGCGACAGGCCCAGGCACAGCUGGAAAAAGCAAAGACAAAACCUGUUGCAUUUGCAGUUCGGACAAAUGUUGGAUACAGUGCAGCUCACGAUGACGAUGUUCCGGUCCCAGGCAUGGCCAUCUCAUUUGAAGCUAAAGAUUUUCUUCAUGUUAAAGAAAAAUUUAAUAAUGACUGGUGGAUAGGACGAUUGGUAAAAGAAGGCUGUGAAAUAGGAUUCAUACCAAGCCCAGUCAAACUAGAAAACAUGAGGCUGCAGCAUGAACAAAAGGCAAAACAAGGAAAAUUCUACUCCAGUAAAUCAGGAGGAAACUCUUCAUCCAGUUUGGGUGACAUCGUUCCUAGUUCCAGAAAAUCGACGCCUCCAUCAUCUGCUAUAGACAUAGAUGCCACUGGCUUAGAUGCAGAAGAAAAUGAUAUUCCAGCAAACCAUCGCUCCCCCAAACCCAGUGCAAACAGUGUAACAUCACCCCACUCCAAAGAGAAAAGAAUGCCCUUCUUUAAGAAGACAGAGCACAUCCCUCCCUAUGAUGUAGUGCCUUCUAUGCGACCAGUAGUUUUAGUGGGGCCUUCUCUGAAGGGAUAUGAAGUAACAGAUAUGAUGCAGAAAGCAUUAUUUGAUUUUUUAAAACAUAGAUUCGAAGGGCGUAUAUCAAUUACACGAGUCACAGCAGACAUUUCGCUUGCCAAACGCUCAGUAUUAAACAACCCCAGUAAGCAUGCGAUAAUAGAGCGAUCUAACACAAGAUCAAGCUUAGAUGUUUUGGCUGAAGUUCAAAGUGAAAUUGAACGGAUUUUUGAAUUAGCAAGGACACUGCAAUUGGUAGUGCUUGAUGCUGAUACCAUUAACCACCCAGCUCAACUAAGCAAAACCUCUUUGGCUCCCAUUAUAGUAUAUGUAAAGAUUUCUUCUCCUAAGGUUUUACAGAGGUUAAUAAAAUCUCGAGGGAAAUCUCAGGCCAAACACCUAAAUGUUCAGAUGGUGGCAGCUGAUAAACUGGCACAGUGUCCUCCAGAAAUGUUCGAUGUAAUUCUUGAUGAGAACCAACUUGAAGAUGCUUGUGAGCACCUUGCUGACUAUCUGGAAGCCUACUGGAAGGCCACACAUCCACAUAGCAGCAAUCCUCCUAACCAGCUUCUCACUCGCACACUUGCAACAGCCACUCUUCCUGUUAGCCCAGGUCAAAAUAUUAAUUUACAGCAGGGAUCUCAAGGAGACCAGAGGAAUGACCAUUCAGCCUCUGAACGUGGUGGUUCACAAAUUGAAGAGGAAGCACGGGUUGAACCCAUCAAGAAAUCCCAGCAUCGCUCUUCCUCAAGCCAACACCACAACCACCGCAGUGGUGUUAGAGGCCUUUCUAGGCAAGAAACUUUUGACUCAGAAACACAAGACAGCAGAGAUUCGGCUUAUGUAGAGCCAAAGGAGGACUACUCACAUGAGCACGGUGACCACUAUGAUUCUCACAGGGAUCACAAUCAUAGAGACGAGUCCCACGGGAGCAGUGAUCACAGACAUAGAGAAUCAAGGCAUCGCUCAAAGGAGAGGGACCGCGAGCAGGACCAUAAUGAAUGCAACAAACAGCGUAGUCGUCAUAAAUCAAGGGACCAGUAUUGUGACAAGGAUGGGGAAGUGGUAUCAAAAAAACGUAACGACACAGGAGAAUGGAACAGGGAUGUUUACAUCCGUCAGUAACUUUUGCCUCCAGCAGUCUUGUGUUUCUCUGAAGUCUUGUAACAAUGCCCCUUGAAAAUAUCUUUGGGUUCUUCACUGCAGAACAUAUGGUAUCCUUCUGUAUGCUGAUUUGUAUUGCUGUUGCUUGCAUAGCAAUAGCAUGAAAUAGAAUAUUCAUAUACUUAUUUUUUUGGUUAGUGCUAUAUGAAUUAGCGUAGUACAACUGCAGAGUUCCUGAUGUUGUACUAUGCCAUUUUUCAAGCUGUUUUUUGGUAGCUGCCACUUGAACAAUAUCUGUUGCCAUCAAGGUGUUGUUAGUGUUUUUUAAAAAAAAGGUACAUUUGAUGUUUAAUAACUUCCUGUGUAUUCAGCAAACCAGAAUCAGCACAUAAAAAAAUCUAAAACUUUU